AGCUUUGCUCUCCACUUCCGUCUCUCCUUUGCCUUCAAGUCUCCGCCCUAAAAAGCCCCCAAAAUCCACAAAAUUGCAAUUCUCCCUCAAAAAAUUCCCAAUUAUUCUCAAUUUCGUACGGGAAUUAGGGUUUCUGAUCAAUCAGACAAUCAAUCAUGGCUAUGUUACUAGAAGACAUUGUUCGAUCGGUAGAGCUAUGGCUGAACUUGAUAAAAAAACCACAGCCUUAUGUGGACCCGAGUCUUGACCCGGUUCUUUUAGUCCCGGGUAUUGCCGGUUCGAUUUUAAAAGCAGUAGAUAAGGAUAAUGGAGGGAAAGAAGAACGGGUUUGGGUACGGAUUCUUGCUGCUGAUUACACCUGUCGAACUAAGCUCUGGUCUCGCUUUGAUCCUCAAACUGGACGGUCUGUGACUUUAGAUCCAAAGACAAAUAUUGUGGUUCCUGAUGAUAGAUACGGGUUGCAUGCUAUUGAUGUAUUGGAUCCUGACAUGGUAAUAGGACGUGAUUGUGUAUAUUAUUUCCAUGAUAUGAUUGUCGAAAUGAUCAAGUGGGGUUUUCAAGAGGGAAAAACUCUUUUCGGGUUUGGGUAUGAUUUUCGGCAAAGCAACAGGUUGCCAGAGACUUUAGAGUGCCUUGCUAAAAAAUUAGAGUCAGUAUAUAAAGCAUCUGGAGGGAAAAAGAUAAACAUCAUAAGUCAUUCAAUGGGGGGUCUGCUAGUUAAAUGCUUCAUGUCCCUGCACAGUGAUAUAUUUGAGAAAUAUGUGAAGAAUUGGAUUGCCAUUGCUGCACCAUUCCGGGGUGCACCUGGGUUUGUUACAUCUACCUUUCUGAAUGGAAUGUCAUUUGUUGAAGGGUGGGAGCAGAACUUUUUUAUAUCAAAAUGGAGCAUGCACCAGCUGCUUAUUGAAUGCCCUUCAAUAUAUGAAUUGAUGGCUUGUCCACAUUUUCAUUGGCAACAUGUUCCUGUUUUGGAAAUCUGGAGAGAGAAGAAAGAUAAUGAUGGAAAUUCUCAGAUAAUUCUAGAGUCAUAUCCCCCUGAAGAGAGCAUCCAAGUUUUCAAAGAUGCUCUUUCAAGUAACACUGUCAUUUAUGAUGAAGAGGAUCUUCCGUUACCUUUCAACUUUGAUAUUUUGAAAUGGGCUGAUGAAACACAAAACGUUUUGUCUCGUGCUAAAGUUCCUCCUGGAGUUAGAUUCUACAAUAUCUAUGGGGUUAAUCUGGAAACGCCUCACAGUGUUUGCUAUGGAAGUUCAGAGGUACCUGUCACUGAUCUACCAGAACUGCAAUUUUGUGAGCCUAAAUACAUUUCUGUAAAUGGUGACGGGACAGUUCCUGCUGAAUCAGCUAAGGCAGAUGGGCUCAAUGCAGAAGCAAGGGUUGGGGUGCCUGGUGAGCACCGUGGAAUUCUCAGUGACCAUCAUUUAUUCAGGAUUCUGAAGCACUGGCUGAAGGCAGAUUCAGAUCCUUUCUACAAUCCAAUAAAUGAUUAUGUCAUUCUACCCACCGCAUUCGAAAUGGAAAGGCACAAAGAGAAUGGAUUCCAAUUUACAUCACUUAAAGAGGAGUGGGAAAUCAUUUCUGAAGAAGAAGAUGACCAUGACAAUAUGGUUGAUAGAAAACCUUCGGUAAGUUCAAUCUGUGUUUCACAGACGGGAGAUGAUCGGUCUUCACCUGCAGAGGCCUGUGCCACCGUAACUGUGCAUCCUCACGGUGAGGGGAAGCAACAUGUGGAGCUAAAUGCUGUAAGUGUUUCUGUUGAUGCCUGAAAGUUGAAUCUUGCUCUCUUCAGGAGGAGAAGAGUGCGGCUGUAUGUAAAUCUUGCAUGUAUAUUAUUAUUAUGCUUCUCAAGAUAGUAACCAUGGUUGGUCAGGGUGACCAUGCAUCCAUUUGUACAUAAAACCCAGUAAUAAAAUCAUAUUCUUUCUCUUGUGAUUAUUCUCAAAAUUAGUUCUCUUUUGUUAGAAUAAUUUCAGUCUCCAUUACUGUAGAAUUUAUGCUACUGUAAUUAUUUUUAACUUGUUCUCGACUUGGAAACUAGGCUAGCCUCAUGAAUUUGUAUUA